GUCCGCUUGAUACUGUCAGAACUUUAUUUCCAAGAAAUUGAAACGCUCGAGACACCAAUUUCAGAGUUUGUUACGAUGACGAUGUCAUUUUGCAAGCUUAUUCUUCAGCGAAUGUAUCUCUUAGAUCAUAUCAACGACAACUCCAAUGCUAUAGACUAUACCGAAUCACUGGACGAACAACGACAUGAAAACAUGAAGACAUCUUUUUCACCUUUAUCAUCACAAUCACGGCUGUUGAGUCCGUUCAUGACUUCAAAAGAAAAUAUGCAUGUAAUUGCUCGGGUGAUCGCAGAUCAAAUUUGUAGAGGUAUUUGCUUGCCAGAAACAGCGGCUUUAGUCCUGCAGGCACUUACAAGUCUUCAUGACCAGAACCGAUUCCAGUACAUGGUCAAUAUGCCUACGCGACAGCCUAUUAUGAGAAUGCCGGUCAUAGAUGAUCGAGUUACCUUUGGAGCACUAUGCUUUCAAUAUCUGCUCCAAAACAUACUUCCGUUACUCCAUCCAAUCGACAGCUGCAGCGAUAUCAGUAGCAUUAGCAGUAUGGCCAAGACUUUAUCUGCAGAGCUGAUGAAGGGUACUCAUGAAGGAACCUCGUGGACGCAAUUACAGUCCCAUAUUCCUCGAUCGCAACUAUCAAUACCAACAAUAGCAACAGCAACGAUAUCAUCAUUAUCGUCCCCACCAUCAUCCAUGUCAUCUCCGCUAUCCAAGCCACUGCCUACCAGCCAGCUCAAGGACUUAACAGGCAACAUUCUAGUCAGUCAACAAGAAAAGCUUCUCCCUAUCCACAUUCGCUCUGUGGCACACUUGACACGUAUUCUUUGCUUUCUACCUUUGGUGGGUUGGCACUUCCAAUGUCUAUCCUCCAACACGUUUGUCGAUAUGUUUCUAGAUCGAUCCAAAGGUGAUCUGUCAAUCGAUCGUGUAGCUGUGAUGGUGUAUGGGUUUAUGUGCGUGCGGGAUUUAGAGACAGGCAGAGUUGACCCGAAUGACCUAGAGAGUCUAAGAAGCUCCGGUAGCUGUUAUUGGAUCAUUGAGCAAUCCAUACCAACGCUGAAUGAAGUUCAAGCACGGGAGAUUGUACGGAUCGUUGGACGACAUCGAAAGUUGAUGCAAAGGUUACUAUUCCUACAGUAUGAUCAUCUGUAUCAUCAGCAUGCAUACAAUUCCUUUGACGCUUCCGAAAUCUCGUCACGGAUAUUUCAGCAAGACGCGUCAUCAAUGUCUUUAGUAUCCUAAAAACGAAUAUCGGCGG